AUGGAUUCUCAAAGCAAAAUUGAAUGCGGCGUUGAAAUUAUCGUCGAUAUGUAUUUAGACAAUUUUAAAAAGAGUCAAUAUAGAACCGUGAAUAAAAAAUAUAAAGAGUUGUUAAAGCAUGAAAACACAAAUGGAUUGACGGACAAUGAGAUUGACAUUUUGGCCAAUUGUCUGGCUUCUGACGUUUCUCUUCUGCAUGACCAGCUAACAUCAAUAACGUCAAUCACGACUGACCAGCUUCAUAAACUUAUGGAAGACAUCCAGAACAGAUAUUUUUCAACUGUAGUUGAUUCAGCAAAAAAACACAAAAGCACUUUGAGUUUUCAUACUUACGGUGUUCUAGUUAAAGGACGAAUUGUUCACAUAGAUAAUUUUCACAGAAACCUUGCAGAUGGCAAAACAUACACAUUGCCGUAUUUGAAAGACAAGUGUAUGAAUGAAGAUUGCUCAAUAUGUGGCGAAGAAUUCCACGAAAGAUCGAUUGUGUGUGUGGUGAAGUGCAAGCAUGCAUUUCACCCAACUUGUAUCCAUCGGUGGUCUAUGGAGAGUUCAACCUGUCCAUAUUGUCGGUCGGAGAUUGUGGUAUCGUCACUGAUCGACUAUCAAUACGAAUCAAGUUUUAAAAAGAAUGGCGAAGCGAUAGCUAAAAUUAAUUUAACCACGGUCUAA